CCUUUAUAAUCUAUAUUACAUAUCAUUUUAUUAUUAUAUUACAUGAACUUCCCCUUUGUGUAGCUGUUGUGAGUCAGCUAUUCGCUACAGAAGGCUCACUGUUGCACCCCGCCAAUGGUUGACAACACUGAGGGACUUGUGUAGCCGAGGUACUGUUGCCCCGCGCGGGACAAAGGCAGCGAUGAGCCCCAAUCAAAUACUUUCUACUAGUCGUCAGAGAUUAGUCGUCUCCACAAGCUCCACCGUCUCCACCCUCCAUUGUCUGUCGCUCCUUGCUCGGCGAGUUGCGUGCACAUGGCGCACACACACAACCUGAGCGUUUGCAAUGCAUAAUGGAGUAGCCUGUUUUAUGUUCUACGGACGUGCCCCCGGGUGUUGAAAGCGAAAGCGGCUCAUCGCAGUGAUAAAGGGCACGAGGACCGGGAAUUCCCAGGUAGCACCGAAAGUGGAGUAAAUAACUCGGUGACGACAUGUCAGCCCAAGACACGCUGAGACGCAACAAGACCGCCAUUCAGCAGACUCUGUGCAGCGACUACAUGUUCAUCCUCAACAAAGUCUACGAGCGGAACCUGAUCCGUCCGCGUGACUACACGAACCUGAAGAGCAUCAACAAAGAGCACGUCGAGGGCCACGUCGUGGAGCUCGUGGACAAGCUCAUGCACAAAGGAGAGGACUACUGCAAAGACUUCCUGAACCUCCUGCAGACUGAUGAUGUUCAACAGACAUACCCUGAGCUGACGAGCAUAUUGAGUGACACCAGCUUCCUGUCCAAGCCUGUGCAAGCAUGUUCAGCUGACGACAAUGAUGUUCCUCCUCCAGAGAGCAAGAGGCGAAAGGAGGACCAGCAGUAUGAGUUGAACAGCCGGCCCACCGGCCUCUGCGUGAUCAUAAACAACAAGGAUUUCGGACCCGGGAAAGAGAGACGUGGAACCGACAGAGAUGCUGGUAUGAUACAGACUGCCCUGAUUUGUUUGUUGACGGUUGAAGCCUCACUCUGUUUCUUUCAUUUUUUCAAUGAAAUGUCCUGUGCAGAAAGUUUGGCAAAGGUGUUCAGCUGGCUGGGCUUCAGAGCGUUGAUGUGUCGAGACCAAACCAAGGACCAGAUGGAGCGAGCGCUGAAAUGCUUCUCUUCUCAGAGCGAACUCGCUCAGCUGCAGGAGUUCGACGUUGAGGAGUGGUCUGACGGCGCAUUCGCCGCUCUUAAAGAGGCCCCUCGGCACGGCGAUGCCUUCAUCUGCUGUAUUCUCAGUCACGGAGGGAAGGGUGUCGUCUUCGGCGUUGACCAGCAGCCCCUUUCCCUCAAACAAAUAACUGGAACAUUCAAGCCGACCGCUCAGUCGACCCUCGCCGGCAAGCCCAAAGUGUUCCUGAUCCAGGCCUGCCAGGGAGCGCAGACGCAGCGUGGAGUGUUAUCGGAAGACCUGCAGGCUGAUGACUCAUGCUCGCCGUUCAUCCCCGAGGAUGCUGAUGUUCUGGUGGCCGUCGCCACUGUUGAAGAUCAUUUAUCAAUGAGGAACAUCAAAGAGGGGAGCUGGUUCAUCCAAGCUGUGUGUCAGCAGUUAAAGGAGGGCUGUCAGAGGAGUGAAGACAUUGCCACCAUCCUCCACCACGUGAACAAUGAAGUGGGCCAGAAAGAGGGCAGCCGGCAACCUGGGGCAGUAAAGCAGAUGCCUGAAGUCAGGUUCACCCUCAGGAAGAGACUUGUGUUGUCUCCACGUGGAGAUUGAAGCCUCAUCGCCAAAAAUCAUGCUGAACCCAGUAUACUUGAUGUCUUAACAGAUUUAUAAUCAACUCAGGGGAAGGGCUUUCUUAAAGUGUACUGAAUCUUUUGUAUCAUUACAAAUCUUGUAUUUGUUA